UCUACAAGCACCCGCCAUAGCCGAUAUCCCACUAAGCCGAGACACUCCCUCGCUUUCUUAUCACUUAUCAAUGGAAGCAGCUUCCACAGUCCCCUCACCUCCCCCAUUCGAACCAAACCUCGAAGCCAUCAAACACAAGCUCCUCAAACACAACAUACACCCAACUCCCAAAAUCCUCCGCAACCUCCGCAAAAAACAAAUUCAAAAACACAAUCGAAAACUCUCAAAAACCGCCCAAACCCAACUCACCCACCAAGAAAAGCAAGCUCUAGCAGAAGAAUCCCAUUUCCAAACCCUAAAAAAUGAGUACAAAACCUUUAGUGGAGCCAUCAGAGGCGACUCACAGUCUAGUGGGUUGCUGGUGGGCAUGCCGUGGGAGAGAAUUGAGAGAGUUAAGUUGAGGGAAAUUGCGAGUGGGAGUAAUGAGUUUGAUGGUGGGAAUAAGCUGAGGGUUGAGACUUUGAGGGAGUUGAAAGAAGUUUUUGAAGAUGGGUUGAAAUGGGUGUUGGAUAAUGAUAUUGAAUUUGAAGGUGGCGAUGAUGGUCAAUUUUUAAGUAGUGAGAAUCAAUCUCAAUAUGACCCAACUAAGAGGAGCCGUAAUGAUAAGGAGGAAAUUCGGUUUCUUGUUAGUAGGUUAAGUAAAAGGGAUUUUACUGUGAGAGAUUGGAAGUUAGCUAAGAUAAUGAAGCAAUCUGGAUUGCGGUUUAAUGAAGGACAAUUGAUGAUGAUUGUGAAGCUGCUUGGGAAGUUGGGGAAAUGGGAACAAGCCAUGGCUAUUGUGGAGUGGGUGUAUAAUGAUAAAGAGAGAAAAAAUAGUAGAAGCAGGUUUGUUUACACAAAACUCUUAUCAGUGCUAAGGAUCGAAAGGAGGCCCAAGGAAGCUCUUCACAUUUUCAAUUUGAUGCGAGAAGACCACAAUAUAUAUCCCGACAUGGCUGCAUAUCAUGUCAUUGCUGUUACGCUUGGUCAAGCUGGUUGGGUCAAAGAAUUGCUUAAAAUUGUUGAAUGCAUGAGGGAGAAACCUUCUAAAAGAACUAAUAGCGCUUGGUACAAGCAUUGCGAUCCAAUCCUCGAACCAGAUAUGGUUAUAUAUAAUGCUGUAUUAAAUGCUUGUGUUCCAACCCAACAGUGGAAGGGUGUGUCGUGGGUGUUUGGGGAUUUAAGAAAGAGCGGUCUUAAGCCCAAUGGCGCAACAUAUGGAUUGUCAAUGGAGGUGAUGCUGAAUUCUGGGAAGUACGACCUUGUCCAUGAAUUAUUUAGAAAGAUGAAUAGAAGUGGAGAAACUCCCACAGCGCUCACAUAUAAAGUUAUCGUCAGAGCUCUUUGGGAGGAAGGUAAAGUCGACGCAGCUGUUGAAGCAGUGAGGAGUAUGGAACGAAGAGGAGUUGUAGGAAAUGGCAGUCUAUAUUAUGAAUUAGCAUGCUGCCUUUGCUACUAUGGGAGGUGGCAAGAUGCUGUGCUAGAGGUUAAAAAUAUGAGAAAACUUCGUCAUAGUAAACCGUUGGAAGUUACUUUCACCGGCAUGAUAAUGUCUUCUCUGGAUGGCGGACAUGUCAGUGACGGCAUCUCUAUUUUUGAAUUCAUGAAAGAUCAUUGUGUCCCUAAUAUUGGGACCAUAAAUAUUAUGCUCAAAGUUUAUGGCCGGAAUGAUUUGUUCACAGAAGCUAAAGAGUUGUUCGAGGAAUAUAAGGGGGCCAAAGGCGACAAUGAUACUGUUCUCAUUCCAGAUGAAUUUACAUAUAGCUCAAUGCUCGAGGCAUCUGCCAGUGCACUUCAAUGGGAAUACUUCGAACAUGUGUACAAGGAGAUGACAUUCUCCGGAUAUCAACUUGAUCAAAGCAAGCAUGCAUCACUACUCGUGAAAGCAUCGAGAGCUGGAAAGUGUCAUCUUCUGGAGCAUGCAUUUGAUGCAGCGUUAGAAGCCGGAGAAAUUCCUCAUCACUACUUGUUCACCGAAAUGGUUUUCCAAGCUGCAAUUCAGCAGAAUUACGAGAGAUCUGUCAUCCUAGUCAACACACUUGCUCUUGCCCCUUUUCAAAUCAGUGAAAGGCAAUGGACAGAGCUUUUCGAGAAAAAUAGAGAUGAAGUUACUCAGGAAAGUUUAGAGAACCUAUUAGACGCACUUCGUAAGUCCGAUUAUGCAUCAGAACCCACAGUUGCAAACUUAUCAAGAACACUACACUCUCUGUGUGGCCGCGGCAAGUCAGUGUUCUUACCGAGUUCGACUGAUUCAGCUAUUGACGUCAUCUGUGGUUCGAACGAGGUCGCUAGCCCACAAAAUUACAGCACUGAUCGGGAGGGAACAGCCGACAUACGUAACAAUUUGGAGUCACUGGGUUGCGAUGAGGCGUAUGGUGAAUCUACUGAACCCUUGAAAGAUUUUGAUGCGACGGAAUUUGAAAUCUCCAUCGACCAGAUUGACGAUUCUCGUGAAUCUAAAUCGCCCUCAGCGAAUGAAAUACUGGAUGCUUGGAAGGAAAGCAGAAAAGAUGGAUUAUUCUUCCCCUUUCAACGUUGGAAAAAAGUAUAAGAAUUUAGUAUAAAUUUAGCGGAGAGGAUUUAAUAGCCUUGAGCCAUCUCUUACAAAUUGUAUAGUGCAAAACAAGAAAAAAUAAAUUUGGUUGGUGUUUUUCAUUAGAAUGUGAUCAGUAGUCUAUUUAAAGUUUA